CGGUGCCGCCCCCCGCUCCCGGUUCCGCCCCGGCCCAUCGCGCACCGCGCACCGGGGAUGCCGCCGCCGCCGUAGGGGCCGCCGCGACCCGCGGCACCGGCCACAGCGAGGGAGCCGGGGGGGGGGGGGGCGUGUUGUCGGGACGAGACCAUGUCGGGUCGCGACAGCGUCCAGAUCCCCGACGAUCGGGACUUCGGCGCGUUCCGGGCGCUCUGCGAGUCGGAGCGCGGCUGGAGCCUCACCUACAGCAAGGGGGGGGUGACCGUGUGGGUGCAGCUCCGGGAGCCCGAGCGCGACCUCCACAAGAUCAAGUGCAGGAUGGAGUGCAAGGACGUGCCGGCAGAGACGCUCUAUGACGUGCUGCACGACAUCGAGUACCGCAAGAAGUGGGACACCAACGUCAUCGAGACCUUCGACAUCGGGAAGCUCACGGUCAACUCCGACGUGGGCUACUACGCCUGGAAGUGCCCCAAGCCCCUCAAGAACCGGGAUGUCAUCACGCUGCGCUCCUGGCUGCCCAUGGGCAACGACUACAUCAUCAUGAACUACUCUGUCAAGCACCCUAAGUACCCCCCACGGAAGGACAUGGUACGAGCCGUCUCCAUCCAGACGGGCUACUUGAUCGAGGGGACGGGGGCCAAGAGCUGCACCAUCACCUACCUGGCGCAGGUGGACCCCAAAGGUUCCCUUCCCAAGUGGGUGGUGAACAAAUCCUCACAGUUCCUGGCUCCCAAAGCCAUGAGGAAGAUGUACAAGGCGUGUCUGAAGUAUCCUGAGUGGAAGCAGCGGCACGAGCCGCACUUCAAGCCCUGGCUCUUCCCGGAGCAGAGCCGGCUCCCGGCGCUGGCGCUGUCCGAGCUCUCGCUCCAGCACGCGGAUUCCCUGGAGAACAUCGACGAGAGCUCCCUCCCGGAGAGCAGGGAGGAGCGCGGCGAGGCCAGCGAUGAGGACAGCCUCAACUGACCCCCCGUGGGCCCCACAGGGGGCUGUGGUCCUUGUGUCCCCCUGCCCCAUGGGGCUCUAUGGUCCAUGUGCCCCCCCACCCCAUGGGGGCUCCAUGGUCCAUGUGCCCCCCCACCCCAUAGGGGCUCUAUGGUCCUUGUAUCCCUCCCACCCUAUGGGAGUCUAUGGUCCAUGUGUCCUCCCCACCCCAUGGGGGCUCCAUGGUCCAUGUGUCCCCCCAACCCCAUAGGGGGCUCCAUGGUCCAUGUGUCCCCCCCACCCCAUGGGGGCUCCAUGGUCCAUGUGUCCCCCCCACCCCAUGGGGGCUCCAUGGUCCAUGUGUCCCCCCAUCCAUCACAGCUUGUGUCCCUCUUGCACAUCAUGAACAUGACCCAAUGCUUUGGGGGGGACCCCCCAAGUGCCACCCCACUGCUUGGGGGCCAUAGGGCCAUGCUGGGUGUCCCCCUCCCGGUCACUGGGUGCCCCCCACAUUGGGUUUGGGAGCUGGGGGGUAUCCGGUCCCUUCACAACCACCAUCAUCCUCAUCCUCAUCCCCACCAUUGUCCAACCCAAAGUGCUCUUCAGCUCGUGCCCUUGGGGGGGGGAAAGGGGGAAAGGGGGGGUCCUGCCAUUGCUCCCCAGCCUUUGGGGCACCCACAGCCCCUUCCCUCUGCUCCCCUGUCCCUUCGCCCCAUGGGAGCCCCCCAAGUGGCCCCCCAGGGUUUGGGGGGGGCUUAGGGGGAUGGACCUGGGGGGGUUUAGGGGGGCUCUCGGCUUGUCCAAGAAUGUAGGGGGGGGCUUGGGGUGAUCCCAGCACCUCCAGUUUCGUGGGGGGGUGUCUUAUAGCACAUCCAUGCAGGUAGGGGGGGUUUUGGGAGGCUCCUGGUACCCCCAGAUGUGCUGGAGGGGGGUCUUGGGGCACCUCCAUGCAUGUUGUCAGGACUUGGGGGGCUCUCAGCACCUCCCUGCUGGGGGGUCUGGGGGAGUCCUGGUAUCUUCAGGUGUGUUUGGGGGGGUCUUUAUGGGUCUGGGGGCACCUCCAGGCAUUCUGGGGGGAUCCCCAGUAUCUUCAGGUAUGGUGGGGGGGCUCCUGGCACGCCCAGAUGUGCUGGGGGGCUCCAGCAUCUCCAUCUCCAGAUGGUCUGGGGGGGGUCCAUGGGGGCUCCUGGUACCUCUAAACCUAUUGGAGGGACUUGGGGCAUCUCCAGAUGUUCGGGGGGGUCCAUGGGGGCUCCCAGAUGUGCUGGGGGGUUCUUGGGGCACCUCCAUGCAUGUUGUCAGGACAUGGGGGGCUCUCAGCACCUCCCUGCUGGGGGGUCCCAGCAUCUUUAGGUGUGUUUGGGGGGGCUCCUGGCACCCCCAGAUGUGCUGGGGGGCUCCAGCAUCUCCAUCUCCAGAUGUUCUGGGGAGGUCCUGGUGCCUCCAAGCCUGUUGGAGGGACUUGGGGGGUUCUGCUGCCACCUCCAGCUGUUGUGGGGGGGUCCAUGGGCCCCCCCGGUGGGUGUGUGAGCACUUCCUGCACUGGGAAUCGUGGCCUCGGCUCGGGAAUUCGGGAUGUCAGAGAUUUUGUACCUUGAUCCGGAGCUGAUUGUUUAGGAAUAAACCAAAUGAAUCUGGGA